AUGAAAAGAAACAUCGGAAUUCCUCGUCAGACAUCUCUGGCAACGCCAGUGGUUCCUAAUCCAUUUGUGCACCAGAUCGACCUUACAAAUGUGGACAAGAUUAGGAUUGUGUUGAUGUCCGUGUUUGUAGUCCCUGUCCGCCUGAUUUUCUGUGCAAUCUUCCUUCUGUCUGGCUUUUUCUUAGCCACUAUAGCUCUGGCAUUCAGAUCACAGGAGGAGAAGCAGAAACCUCUUUGUGGAUGGAGAAACAUGUUACGACCAGUGGUUGUUCUGCUGUGCAGAGGAUUGUUCCUGGCUGGGGGAUUCCAUUGGGUUACAGUAAAAGGGAAGCGAGUGAGUGCCGCUGAAGCACCCAUCCUUACCCUAGUACCACACUCAGCCUACUUUGACGCACUGCCAGUUGUAGCCUUGGAUCUCACUACCAUUGUUGCAAAGUCCCAAGCUGAAAAAGUGCCAUUAUUUGGAACUCUCAUGGAGUUUACACAGCCAGUUUAUGUGAAUCGUGAGGACCCUAACUCACGACAAAACACCAUUAAAGAAAUCAACCGGCGUGCCCAGUCAGGAGGCAAAUGGCCGCAGAUCAUCAUUUUCCCAGAAGGCACCUGUACAAACAGGAAGGCUGUCAUCAAUUUUAAAUCUGGUGCUUUCUACCCUUGUAUGCCUGUCCAACCCGUCUGUAUACGUUACCCAAACAAAAUGGACACUUACACAUGGACAUGGGAAGGCCCAGGGGCGUUUGCCUGUUUUUGGUUGACAUUAUGCAACUUCCACAAUUCCAUGGAAAUAGAGUUUUUACCUGUUGUUGUUCCUAACGAAGAAGAAAAGAAUGAUGUGAAGCUUUUUGCCAACAAAGUACGAAAGGUCAUGGCAGAGUCACUAGGUGUGCCAACCACGGAUCACUCUUUUGAUGACUGCCGACUAAUGAAGCAAGCUGGAAAACUUAAGCUUCCAUUGUCAACAGGACUUGUAGAGUUCUCAAAGCUACAUAGUAAACUAGGGUUAAAACUUGAGGAUUUACAGUCAAUGCUAGAAAAAUAUUCAUCAAUAGCACAAAGUAAAACAGGGGUGAUAACUCUAGAUGAAUUUGCUAGCUAUCUACAUCUGCCCAAGUCAGAAGCUUUGGAACAGGUGUUUGCCCUUUAUGACAGGAACGGUUCAGGAAUGAUUGAUUUCCGAGAGUAUGUCAUAGGACUGUCACUAGUGUCCUCUCCAGUAAACACUGAAGAAACUAUCAAGUUGGCUUUUCAGCUGUUUGAUGAAGAAAAUAAAGGUUAUAUGAGCCGAGAUGAUCUCACCAGGAUCCUUCAAAAUGCGUUCGAGAUGGGAAAUGUGGAUGAGUUGUUUGAGCAGGUGGACACCAAAAAUGAUGAGAAAAUCACUUAUGAUGAGUUCAAGGAUUAUGCAGUAUCACAUCCUGAAUAUGCGAAAUUAUUUACAACAUACAGAGAAGCUAAAGCCGUUCCUGAAAAUGGAAAUGCAACUCAUUCAAAAUCGGAGUAAUCUAUUUGCAAUACUUCAAACCAAUUCUUUUUCUCUGUAGAUGGUCUUUUUGUAAAAAAUAUACACUUAAUGCUGUCAGUCCUUUACAAAUUUGUGACGUCCAUUCCAGUUCAAGAAGUGACUUAUUCUCACUGGCCUGUGUAAAACUCUUCAAUGACAGUUUACUGUGCUGUUAUCAGGAAUCUACAAGGUCA